UGUUAUUUUGAGCAGAUUUAGGCAAAACCUGCGAAAGCUAGUGUACAGUUUUUGGCUUUUGCAUACUGCAGUGUCUCCAGCGAGGUAUUCUGCACUUUCAGUCUUUCACCUGUUCGUGUUUUCUAGAAAUUCUUGUUUGAGAGCAAAAUUAUCUGGAAUGUGACUUUGUCUGGUGGCACUCUGACAAAAUACCUUCCGAUAUCUUCAGCUGUCCUUGGUUCGCCAACCUGUGAAUUCGCGUCUCGAUCUGCAACAUUAAGAUCAGAAAUGCCUCUUUACGUAGGGCAUGUGAACGGGACAUUCAAGUAUCGGGAAGUCAACGAAAAAAAUUCGAAAGAGAUCUUGCAUUGCCCUUAUAAUUUUCGCCAUCAAGUUCCGUUCGAAGUCUUCCAGAAACACCUGCGGGCAUGUCCAGAUGCGGCAGCAAAAAAAGAGCUGGUGGAUUCGUGCGAGUUCAACCCAGUCCACUUUUAUCCGGCACUGGACGUAGAACGAGAAAUUCACCUGCAAAUCUGCCCAAACCGGCGACAAGCUCCAGUCCGAGAACGACCAGAGAAAAAAGGUCAUUUGGUGACCCUGCCGCUUUGUCCGCUGACCCGGAAAGAAGCGGGAUUGAAAACUCGGGAGUCUCAGAAGCCGAUGCCAAGUGUGGAAGAUAUUUUGGGACCAGAAGUUCGUUUUGUGGAGCUGGAGAAAAAUGCUGCCGAACGGAUGAAUCGAGCCAGGAAGUCCACUCCGUUCGAAGAAGCCAUCGAGGACGUUAUGAAAAAUGGGCCCGAGAAUAUGGCUAUUAUCGCCAGUAUACUUCCAGGAUGUCCAGAGUGGAAAAGGUCCGGUUUGCGCUGUAUUUGGAUUCUAAAAGGGAACAAGCAGAACGCGAUGCAUAUUACUCAAUUGUGGUUCAACGCCGAUAUGAAAAUUUGUGAAAUAUGUUGAGAAUCCGAUUGGAUUUCAUCAGAGGAAAUGAGGAAAAAUAAAUCAUCCUUGAUCUAGCAUAUUCAGAGCUUUUGUUGUCAUGCGGCGCCGGUCUUCAGUUUUAUGUGUUCCAUUGUUAACCGCGUUUCUAGAUUCCGAAUUGUUCCUUGUUCUGAUAAUUAUUUUCGUUGCAGUGUGUUACUUGCUACUUGUGUACAAAGAUACAUACCAAACCGAAAUUGUUAUUUCAUCAACAAGAACAAUUAUCUUGGUACGAUUUGCGGCUCUGUUCCGUAAUGGAAAAUUAGUGUGAUGCGAUUGGGACUUAGUUGAGUUGUUACUUCAACUAUAACCACAUGUGUGUUUUAUUUCUUAUAAAAAGUAAAA